GGCGGAGGCGGCUGCCGGCUCCGUGCGGGCGGGCAAGCGAGCGGGGCCGGGCGGCGGCGGUGCUGCGGUUGCGCCAUCUGUCAGGAGCCCCGGUGGGAGGGGAGCGCCCUGAGCCGCGCUCACCCGGGCGGAGCGGAGGCGAAGCAGCAGCAGCAGCAGCGCGGAGAGCCCGUGCGAGCUCAUCCCUGCCCGGGCUGCGGUUCUGCCGCCGCCUCCGCACCGCGGACCGGGGCUCGGCGCAGCGCGUCUGCCCGCGGGGAGAGGCAGCGGCGCCCGGAGCGGCGCCCCUCGCUGCGGGCGGGGGCAGCCGGCGGAGGAGCGGAGCGAGGAGGAUGUGAGUGCGGCGGCGCCGCCCCGGCCCCGCGCUGCGCCGAGCCGAGCCGAGUCGAGCCGAGCCGAGCCGAACUGCCUCAGCUACAUUCUUGGAAGUGACUGGGUUGUUUUGGCUGCAGCUCCUCAGAAAACUCAGCCUGAACUCAGUGCGUACAACUUCAGCACAAAAGGUCUACAGAGUUGCAAAGGUUUCCUGAGCAAUGAAGAGCACCAUGUUGGGAAGCUACAGGGCAUGUCUUCAAGCCGUGUUUGAGGAAAUGUGGUGAAUGUAAACUUGCUCUGUUUGGGGGGAAAAUUCUGCUGAGGCUCGCAUUAGCCCUUUUGGCCACAGCCUUGUGUGGGGAAUCCAUGCCAAGCUGAUUGCCUCCCAGGACCCCCGGUCUCAUAUUCAGUCUCUGCUUUGGAGGAUAGAGUCCUCUCUCUCCCUCUCAUCCUGAUUUUAGAUAAUGGGCUGUGUGCAAUGUAAGGAUAAAGAAGCAACAAAACUGACUGAUGAGAGGGAUGGCAGUUUAACUCAAAGCUCGGGCUACCGCUAUGGGACAGAUCCCACUCCGCAGCACUAUCCUAGCUUUGGUGUGACUUCAAUCCCAAACUACAACAACUUCCAUGCCACAGGAGGCCAAGGACUGACUGUGUUUGGUGGAGUCAACUCCUCCUCUCAUACAGGGACGCUGCGUACAAGAGGAGGGACAGGUGUAACUCUUUUUGUGGCGCUUUAUGACUAUGAAGCAAGAACAGAAGAUGACUUGAGUUUUCACAAAGGAGAAAAAUUUCAAAUACUUAACAGCUCGGAAGGAGACUGGUGGGAGGCCCGGUCCUUGACAACAGGCGAAACUGGUUACAUUCCCAGUAAUUAUGUGGCUCCAGUCGAUUCCAUCCAAGCAGAGGAGUGGUACUUUGGCAAACUUGGCCGAAAAGAUGCCGAGAGGCAGCUGUUGUCAUUUGGAAACCCCAGAGGUACCUUCCUGAUCCGGGAAAGCGAAACUACCAAAGGUGCCUAUUCCCUGUCUAUUCGAGACUGGGAUGAUAUGAAAGGAGAUCACGUCAAACAUUAUAAGAUUCGUAAACUUGACAAUGGCGGAUAUUAUAUCACAACUCGGGCACAAUUUGAAACUCUUCAGCAGCUGGUUCAGCAUUAUUCAGAGAGAGCUGCAGGUCUUUGCUGCCGCUUAGUAGUCCCCUGUCAUAAAGGAAUGCCAAGGCUUACUGAUCUGUCUGUCAAAACCAAAGAUGUCUGGGAAAUUCCACGAGAAUCCCUACAGUUGAUCAAGAGACUGGGAAAUGGGCAGUUUGGGGAAGUAUGGAUGGAGAAAGCUGAUGGUUUGUGUUUUAACUUAACUGUGAUUGCUACGAAUAAUACCCCUCAAACUGUUGGAUUGGCUAAAGAUGCAUGGGAAGUUGCACGUGAUUCAUUAUUUCUGGAACAGAAGCUUGGUCAGGGGUGUUUCGCUGAAGUGUGGCGUGGUACGUGGAACGGAAAUACUAAAGUGGCUAUCAAGACCCUGAAGCCUGGCACUAUGUCUCCAGAAUCCUUCUUAGAGGAAGCCCAAAUCAUGAAGAAGCUAAAACAUGACAAAUUGGUCCAACUUUAUGCUGUGGUAUCUGAAGAACCUAUCUAUAUUGUCACAGAGUACAUGAGCAAAGGGAGUUUGCUAGAUUUCUUAAAAGAUGGAGAAGGAAGAGCUUUGAAGUUACCGAAUUUGGUGGACAUGGCAGCCCAGGUGGCUGCAGGGAUGGCGUACAUUGAGCGAAUGAAUUACAUACACAGAGAUCUGCGGUCUGCAAACAUUCUGGUGGGGAAUGGCCUAAUAUGCAAGAUUGCCGACUUCGGAUUGGCAAGACUGAUUGAAGACAAUGAAUAUACAGCCAGACAAGGUGCAAAGUUUCCCAUUAAAUGGACUGCGCCAGAAGCAGCAUUGUAUGGAAGGUUCACAAUAAAGUCAGAUGUGUGGUCUUUUGGGAUCCUACUGACAGAGCUGGUAACGAAAGGGAGAGUGCCAUACCCAGGCAUGAAUAACCGUGAAGUCUUGGAGCAAGUAGAACGUGGUUAUCGGAUGCCAUGUCCUCAGGACUGUCCCAUCUCCUUGCACGAGCUUAUGAUCCACUGCUGGAAAAAAGACCCAGAGGAGCGUCCAACUUUCGAAUAUUUGCAGGGUUUCCUUGAAGACUACUUCACUGCAACAGAACCCCAGUACCAGCCUGGUGACAACCUGUAAAUCCCUGGUCUCCAGACACUAUCAUGAAUUACCAGGUGUUUCUCAGCCCUGCCCCACCUGCCCUUCAGCUUACAACUCCGUGAUCGGCUUCUCCAGAGUGCAGCAUCUCCCAGCACCGCCGUGCACAGGAGGGGCUGGAGCUGGGAACUUCCGCAGCCCUUGCCUAUGACCACUUGUCCUAAUAAUCUGAAUGUCCUGGAUGAAAAGGAGAAAAACACUUGUUUUUUCUUAAUCAAAGACUCCAAAACUGCAUUGUAUUGAUGUUAUGUAAACUGCAAAACCUCUGUUCAUUGUAAAUAGUAACUCAGUGCCAAUAACUGAUCCUAGUGCUUUCCUUUUUUUAAAACGCAAAACCUAUGUGAUUUUAACUAGUCUUCUCCUGAUUCAACUAAAAGUAUUAUUUUCCAGAAGUGGCCUCUUUGUCUAAAACAUUUUUUUUCAUGUUUUAACAAAAAAAAAAAAAAAAAUCAGGACAGGUGUUUGGUUUUUUGCUUUUUUAUAUAUAAAAUAUAUAUAAUAUAUAUACAUACCUGUACAUACAGUAUAUGGGUGCUAUUGCAGAGGAAACUCAUUUGGAAUUGAAUGAAUCCUACUGCAGCAGUACCCAGAAAGCGAUAAUUUUACUGCAGACAUGAAAACACUGGUAGGAUUCUGAAAACCAGUGAUCUAAUUUUUGGCUUUUGCCAAGCAUGAUUUUUUUAAAUUGGAUUGCACUUUUUGUUUAUGAUUAUGUACCUGUAGGUGGUUGUAACUUUGCUCUUUCAGGAAUCAUGUGCUGUAUUUACAGUAAUGUUUCCAAUGUUUGACAAGUGUGUGAUGAUUUGUUCUUGAAACUAAAAUGAACAUAUUUAAAGCAAGAAAACUACACCAUCACCGUUUGAACUGGAAAAUUGAAACUGCAAGGACUUCUUGUAUCAAAACAUGUAUACUGAAAUGUUUCAAAAAGAUUUAUUAAACAGUGUAACCACAUUCAGAUGGUCUUAAAAUCAUAGCAUUUUAGCCAUGUCCACCUGCUAAACUGUUGGUCAUGCAACUAGGAUUUUUCUGUUUUAUGUGUAACAUUUUUCCAUUGUAAAAUAAGUGUGUUAAAUGUCCUGUACUCCUAAUGAAAUUACUUUCUCUA